CGAUCUUAUCUGAAUUCCGAAAACAUUAUUGGUUAUGUCUUCAGCUUCAUCUACACCGCACUCCGGUCCUGGUAAAGACUCAUCAGACGGCCGAGGACUUGGAGGAGAGCCUGUAUGUGCAGAUCACUGCGCCGAAUCAAGGGUGUUACUAACUUUCACAGGUAACCCCGGACGAUAAUAGCCCUCGUUUUGUAUACUACCGGCUCUACACGAAUUUUGGAUCAAUCUCGUCAAACAACCCGAUCCAUGCAACUGACCCAAGCAUCGGCCGCACUCUUCCAAAGCUGAUCACACCCCCACAUACCGUCUCGUCCGUGAAAAAGCAUCUGUGCAAGAUCGAAGGCUUAUCGGGCAUAAGCACCCUAUUCGAAUCACUUUCAAGCCAGACUGCAUUUGAGGAAACGUCGCGAUUGUCGCUCAGAGGGUCAACUGGCCCUGGCUUAUCUGAGGACGACCCUAUCGUCUUGAUCGUUUGGGGGGACGAUGAAAAUCUAUCAAGAAGGUUAGUUUCGUUGGAGGGUGUAACUGAAGCUAGACAUGCAAAUCCACGUUACGUUUACUACCGCCUUUAUGACGAAGAGGGUGCAGUGGCUUCAGAGACUUCUUUUGAUUCGGAGGAGUUUUCCUUGGGUCGCAUCAACAUCCUUUCGGUUGCUCCACCUCGAACAGUGGCUCGCUUGGAGUCCCGGGUUAUGCAGGCUGAAGGCUUGUUAAUGUUGGACUGCAACUCGAACAUUCAGCUGUUCAGAGAUAUAGACGGUGAGGUGCCGAUGAACGGCCCUUCAUUCAUCAACCUUUUCCUCUCAUCGAUUACCUCUCUAGUCGCCAUUAACUUCUUCAACGUUGCUUGCGCUGUUGAUUUUGGCACAUCUGAUUUGCAUAUGAUCCUGACUAUAACGUGCCACGUUGAGACUAUUCAUUCGAGUUUGAAGGCGUUUCUUACCCGACGACGCACCAUUGUCGGCGCAUCUAGUAACAUCGUCGUAUGGGACGAAGCCCACUUUGGUAAAUUCGACUCACCGUACCUCAAGCGCGAGUUCUACUUUGCCGUCCAUUCACCCCUGGGCAAGAUGCUCGUUGGCCUUGCGGGCUUGUUUUCCGGGUACGAUGGGGGAUCUGAGUUCAAAAGUGGGGAAGCGUACCCGGAGUCUGAGCACGUUGGCGACUUGUGCCAGGACAGCCCGAGCGCUUUUGCUGCUAUCACCGUGGAACAGUGCGGAACCAACAUAACUGGCAGGCACUCCAUCAAGACCUCAACCGAAAGCUCUUUCGUCUACGAUAUUGGAACUCGGAUAAAACUACCGGCUAUGUCUUCUGCUUCAUCUGCGCUUCGCUCUGGUUCUGGUAAAGACUCGUCGGACGGUCGAGGAGAGCCUGUAACCCUCGACGGUAAUGAUCAUGGCCCUCGUUAUGUAUACUACCGGCUCCACACGAAAUAUGGAUCAAUCACGUCAAACCAUCCAAUCUACGCCAAUGAUCUAUACAUCAGCCGCACUCUUCCAAGGCUCAUCACACCCCCACUUACUGCCUCGUCCGUGAAGAAGCAUCUGUGCAAGAUCGAGGGCUUAUCGGGGGCCACAGGCACCACAUUAUUCGAAUCGCUCUCAAGCCAGACUGCAGUUGAAGAAACGUCGCGAUUGUCGCUCAGGGGGUCAACUGGCCCGGGCUUAUCUGAGGACGACCCUAUCGUCUUAGUCGUUGGGGUGCAAGAUGUUGAAAAACGAUUAGCAAGGACAGUGUCGUUGGAGGGUUUACCUGAAACUAGACAUGCCAACCUACGUUACGUUCACUACCGCCUUUAUGACGAAGAGGGUGCAGUGGCCUCAAAGACCUCUUUUGACUCGGAGGACCUUUCCUUGGGCCGCAUCAGCAUGCUGUCGGUUGCUCCGCCUCAAACAGUGGCUUUGUUGAAGUUCCGGGUUAUGAAGGUUGAGGAACUGAUUGGCCACAAUAUUCAACUGUUCAAAGAUAUAGAUGGUGAGGUACCGAUGAACGGUAACGAUCCUAUCUCUCAUCCGCAGGCGUACAAUUAUCCGGGUUACGUUGCUGAUGAGCCCAUUACGAUCAUCUGUCGGACCCAAGAGAGUCAAACGAAGGGAGAGGAAAUUGAGAUGCCGGUCCAAGUCCCUUCUUGGAACCCAGUCCCUCCUCAAAACCCAGUUCCUCCUCGAGACCCAGUCUAUCCGGGAUCCGAAAAGCGGAUCAAAGCAUUAAGGAAUUGUACCAUUGAUCCAUCGUCCAUGGUUACAGCUUCCCCGAGACCUGGUUGGCUGUCCUUUACAAAAGAUGAGAUCAUGUACACAGAUGGAAGGGAAACAGACUACGGCAGUUACUUUGAAGUGCCAGAAAUCGUUACGGAAAGCAUGGCUUUGUCAACAAAUUCUUUUGAUCCGUCCGAUGUUCAAUCUACAGGAAAUCUUAUUCCGUAUAUUCACAUCAUGUCUGAGGGUACAAUCUGA